UCCCGCGUCAACGGCCGUGGAAGUGACGCGGGUGCUUUGUGAGGCCGACGCAGACAUUUUAAAAUAAACAUGUAGCUAACGGCUAAAUGCUACACCACCUGACAGCUCCCGAAUGGGUGAGAGCACUGCGACAAGAAAGACACAUCGGCCCAGUUUUUUUUAUUUUUUUCACAGUUUGUGACGGGUUAAUGUACGACGCUUCGCGGGUCACAGUAGGGGGCAAAACGACGAAGAUGUUGACGAGUCUGGCUCCGGGAAAAGGAGCUCGUUAACACGGUGGUGAGUGCCUUUCAAGGCACCUUGGUCCACUUUUGUUGGACCAUAGGCCAUUUUGCUGAACUAGCAUGAAGAUGGCUGAUUCAGAAAAGGCAGAGGAAUUUGUUGAUGCGGAGUGUCUUUCUGAGCGCCUCGACGAAGCGCAAUCAGGAACCACAUCGGUCCAGGAUGAACACCUAAAAACCGAGACCACCACGAGUACCAGUUCACCACCAAGGGAAAAGGAGGACGACAGCCCCUUGCACACGGAAGGCGAGCAGAGUCUCCUUUCAAUGCCGUGUUUGAUGAAGGAGCUCCGCAGAGACUCCCCUGAAUCCCAGAGGGCCUCCACGGGGAGUGAGAAACCGGCUUCUCGUCACAUUUACGAAAGUGACUCGUCCAAUCCCUGCAUGCUCUCCCCCUCGUCUAGCGGCCACCUGGCUGACUCGGAUACGCUCUCUUCGGGGGCCGAAGGCGGCGGAGAGGAGGCGCAGACUAAAAUGGAAGCCGACCCCAGUAAGGAAGCCGAUCGGCAAACCAGCGGGAGAAAAUCCCGCCGCUCACGUUCGGAGAGCGAGGCGCCGCCCAACGCAAUGGCGGCGAAAAAGAACCGCUGCCAGCCUGCUGCGCUGGGAGCGAGCGGGCCAGAGAAGCAAAUAAAUGGCAAGCAGGUAAAGGUGAAAGGCCACCGCAGCCAGAAACACAAGGAGCGCAUGCGCCUGCUACGGCAAAAGCGCGAGGCGGCGGCGCGGAAGAAAUACAACCUGCUGCAGGACAGCAGCACCAGCGACAGCGAGCUCACGUGCGACUCCAGCACCAGCUCCUCAGACGACGACGAUGACGACACUUCCGGAGGCAGCAAGACAAUCAAGACAGAUAUUCCAGCUGGCUUCGGACGUGCAUCGGAGAGAUCCAGAGUGGGUGCCCACAUUCAUGGGCUGCUGGACAGCGGCGCGUGGGACAGGAACGGGAUCAGCAGCGUGCUGGAGGAGGCCAUGACGCGCUUCGCCGUCAUGCAGCGCCAGACCGAAGAGCGCUUCCGCGUCUGGAUGGAAAAGCUCGCGCACCUCGACUCAGAUGACUCGUCCAAGCGCUCGAGCGACGCCCCCGAGGGGGGGCAACAGCACCCUCCGCUGUCCCAGGGGGCACGGCCUUCACCCGCUAGUUCCUUCUUGCCGUCGUCCGAGUCCGCGGAGACGAUGGCCGCCUACAUUUUGGCGCGGGCGAACAACGCCGCAGUCGCGCCUGUCGACAACAACAACAUUCUACCUGAAGCGGUCACUCAGAAUGGAAAUCUUGCCGUUCCAGAUCCCGGACUCUUGAAUGUUUAGAAGCAACUUCGAACUCCCCCAUGUGGAAAUUUUAUUUGGACAAUGCGCCUGGAUGACUAUGGGACUACCUGCUGGCAUGGAAUCACUGUGAGACUUGAGAAUAUUUGCAAACAAUCACGGAUCUCGUGCAUCCCUCCGGAGACUGCGGAGUCGGGGCUUUGGUUGUUUUGGGUGGGGGUAAGUUGUGGCGAGCUGAGUGGCCGUGCAACUCUAAAUAAGCAAAUAUGGCCCCAUAAAGCCCCAAAACAUUCAACCUAAUAAUAGUUUCAAUUAUAUUUUUAUAAAUGUAACAUGACCCCGCAUAGAAAUGGAAAUGGUCCGAGAAAAAGCUUUCCCGCCCCAUUGGGGGCAUGGCUUCCAAUAUGUUUUUUCCCCCCCUUUAGCUGUACUGUUAUACGAUGCUUUCAUUCUUACAGAAAAUACGGCUGUACAGUGGUGCCUUGAGAUGUACGUGUAAUUCGUUCCACGGCAAUGCUCGGAACUCAAUUUACUCUUACAUGUCAUAUCUAUCUUUCCCCUCUUAAAUGAAUAGACGUGCCAUUAAUUUCAUCCAAGUUUUGUAAUGUUUUUUAGAUUAAAAAACUGGCACUAUCAUAUUGUACUUCCUAAAAAUACAAUAACAGAGCUAAAUCUAAUGGUAAGGAUUUAAACAUUUUUUUUGCCUCAUGAUUGAUUCAUUGCGAUUGUACGGCUCCCGGUCUAUGCGCUUUGACCACAAGAGGGCAGUAUAAUUCGGCAUAUGACAGGGACAUCUCAAUAAAUUAGAAUAGAGUCCAUCCAUCCUUUUUCCAAGGCGCUUAUCCUCACAAAGGGUUACGGGAGUGCUGGAGCCUUAAUUUAGUUAGUUCAAAUAAAAAAGUGAACCCAUCGAUGCGCCACACAGAUGUUUUAUUUUUUUUUUUUUUUGAGAAUAAAUGUAUAGUUUUGAUGAUUAUAUUUUAUAAUAUGGGAAAAAAGGCCAGAAUUUACCAUCCCCACAAACUAGAAUAUUGCAUAACAAUCAAUCAAGAAGCAAUGUAAAUUAGGCAUGUAAAUGUAAAAAAAAGUUAGGCAGCAAUUUGCCUCUAGCGACGGUCACAACACCUCAGUCAGCUGCAGUAAUAUUCAUUCAGUCAUUUUAUGCAGAAAAUAUGUGAGUACCGUUCACUGUCAUGUCAUUUUCUUUGCCCCUAAACAACUGAGUGGCGUGAAAAGCUUGAAGCAUCGUUUUUGAAGAAUCGUUCACUCUCUGCUCGUUGUAGAGUGAGUUGAGUUCACUGCCAGCAUUUUGCGCUCUUUUCUCCAAAUUUCAGUCAGAGUCAGUGCAAAAAAAAAACAAAAAUGGCCAGAUGACACCCUGUAUCUCUUAAAACCUCACAAGUUGGGUCACUUGUGCCUCAAGGCACCACUGUAAAACCUUAGAUGCAGUUACAAAACACCCCCCGAAAUGUCAACCCAUUAAUGAUGUUUUCAAUCCUAUUUUUAGGUGUUGAAAUGGCCCCCAAUUGUUUCUAUAGGUUUUCUUUUCACAUCCAAUUAUACUUGAGUCGAUAGUGGCGUUCUCAUACAGCUAAUGCAAAUACAGCGGACACAUACUAGGAUGAACAGAAUCGGAAAGGGAUGGUGCCUUGUCAUUCAGCAGUCAUUCUGGCCCUAGUGUUAAUUUAGGAUUCCCAAUUACCGUAAUUUCCGGCCUACAGAGCGCACCGGAUUGUAAGCCUCACCCAGUACAUUUGUAAAGGAAAUACCAUUUGGGACAUACAUAAGCCGCACCUGUGUAAAAGCCGCAAGUGCCAACAUUGAAACAAGAGAUUUUUACAAAGAAAGACGGCCCGUAGAGUUUUCAAAGUUUUAAUACCUUAGCUUAGUUUAACAUAGCAACAAAACGGUAGCACGAACAGGACUGGUUAAAAAAACAAAACAAAACAUACCGGUUAAAAAAAAAAAACCACCCGCGGCAGCUACACAGUAGCUACAUGGGAGCACAGCACUAACACAGCCGGUUUAAAAAAAAAAUAAAAAAAUAAAUCGUUGAGACGCGGCAGUAACACAGCAGAAACACGCUAGCCUGGCGCUAACAGGACCAGUUAAAAAAAUAUACCGGUAAAAAUCAGUGACGCGGCAGUAACACAGCAACAACAUGCUAGCAUAGCGCUAACAGGGUCGGUUAAAAAAAAAGAAAGGCAUACUGGUAAAAAUCACUUGAGACACGACAGUAACAGCAGCAACACGCUAGCACAGCACUAACGCUAGCGCAGCAGUAACAGGGCCAGUUAAAAGAAAACAUACCGGUAAAAGUCACUUCCUCGGCACAUAUAUUCCACCGGUCCCACUCUUACUUUUUCCGCCAGAGUACCCCCUUCCGGCCGUUAGAAAAACAAAAUGCACAAAUUAGCCGCAUCACCGCAUAAACCGCAGGGUUAUAAAGCGUGUGAAAAAAGUCGCGGCUUAUAGGCCGGAAAUUACGGUAUGUUUACACAUCUGGUGGUUGUCUUUCUUUAGGCGGCAGAGGUUUACUUACCUCCGCGAACGGCUUUACACAGUCGAGUAUAAACUGUACACAAUCGCACUACGUGCAGCAUGGUUUGCCUUUUAAACAGUACUUUUACAUUAUUAGACUGGAAGUGUUCACAUUUUUGCUUUUUGGGGAGGGGGGGUGGUUGUCACAGUUAUUGCUACGAUGCCUUUUAUCCAGUAACUAGAAAAAAAAGAGAAAAGCACUUUUUAUUUUUAGAAGCAUCUAUAAUCAUAUACGUGCAUGUAUAUAAUUUUUUUCUUUUUGUGUUAGACAGGGUCCGAUUUCUCAAAUUUUGCCUUUUUUUAAAAUGUUAUUUCCACUGUUUCUGCCAGGUUAACAAAAGGGGCAUGAUGUGAACGUGACCUUUUAUUUUUAACGGAAACAGUGCGUCUUAUGUUCAUAUUAGUGCCACACUAAAUAAAAUGGAAAUUAUAAUGGGGGAAAAAAUUAGCUGUUACAAAAUAUAGGUGUCAUUUGGGGGAGCAUAACAUUAUCAUUAGGUCCUGGACUCUUGAUAACAGUAAUAUUACAGUACUUAUACUGUACUUGGUAAAAGUGUAACAUGAUGUUUUUCACAAGAUAGUUGGAAAAGUAUAGAAAAAAAUAGUUGUCAAAAUGACAGUUAUGAGCAAGUCACCAUAUGAUGAGAAUGAAGUCCUAAUUUUGAGUGACCAAAACAGCUCAUUUCAAAUUACAAUUCUAGCUGUCUCUCAAUCUCCUUUUUUUCUCCUAAUAUUAAAAUUGAUGCCUUUCUCUACUACCAUCUUAUAAAGUUUUUUUCGGCAUGACUUUCUCAUGAACUUUUCCUCGAAUAUUACUACUAAGUCUUUUCUUAGAAGUACUUUUACAUCAAACCUUGAUGUCGUAUGACUUGAAUUAAAAUCUCACUCUUUCUUGGAGUGUUUAUUAGAAGUGUAGUCUGGAAAAUCACAAUAUUUUUAACGUUACAACUUUUUCUUGGAAUAAUACUACCCAUUUUGCCCCCAAUUCCAACUCGCAAAAGUGUAUUAUGAAAUAUUGUUGUUGCAACGUUAUUCAAUUCACUCACAUAUACGACACAUACUCACUAGUCAUGUAAAAUUCCCAAAUUCAUUUAUAUCACGUCUUCAUAACUUUAUUUGGAAAAAGUACAGCUCCUUUUUUUUCCCUGUGAUAUCGUAAUAUGAACACUCACGUCUUGAAUACAAUUUUUUAUCCCCUCCCCCUUAAUAGCGACAAUUUCAUUUUUGAAUAUUACUACUUUCUUCUUGUACUGUCGCUCUAUGACUUCAUUCUCAUAGUAUAUAUUUUUUUUUGUUUGUUUGU